UAUUCGGACGCGAAGCGCCAGUGGUUGUAUCGUGCAUUAUUUUAUACUCGUGAUUAUGAUACGAUAGCCGGGUAGUAUAGAAUACAGUAACAGCAAUAAGAUGUCAAAUAUGUUAGAUAGUAGGCAGAAUUACACGUUAGCGAAAGAUUAAAUGACCAAAAGCUCGUUGUUAACGCAUAUAUUCUUCAAUUUGAUAGGUAAUUACAUUGUUAGCAAUUGCUAUUUCUUCUAAUCUAAUGACGAAUAAAACUUAAAAAAAAUUAUCAGUAUCACAUAAAGUUUUGCGAUAGCAAUAAAAAUAUAAUUGUAUAAUACAAUAUACAGUUACCGGCUUGUUAUUUUAUUCAGUUUUGACUUAACCUAACUUUUUGUCCUAGAGAACUUUUUAAUGAGGUUAUUCAGUCCUGCCGGAAUGCUUUGCCUUUUUUAAGCUAUGAAUAAUAUCGUAAGUUCGUUUAAAAUGUUAGUGCGUGAGCAUGUGCGUGUGUGCAACGUUGCGUGAAUUACAGUUCUGAUUUGACAUUGUAAACAUGACGACUUGACCUUACAAUGGCAAGUUGGACGACCUUGACUUUGGUAAUUUAUAAGCACAUUUGCUGUGGCACUGAAGUAGUUACAUUGGCACAAAUGUUUCGAUGUCCUUUAUUUGAGCUGUGCUCAGGCCUCACCUGAACAAAACGAGCUAUGUCGACGACAGCAUGCCAGAAAACGUGCAUUCCCGAAGAGGAGUUUCCUGUAGGAGGGAGCCUUGGGUACCCGGCGGUGAACCAUCAUCGUUCUAGCACGACACGAGGUCGCGGAAAAGCACGAGCAUCGUCGAAGCGUGCACGAAUACGACCGAACCGUAACGAAAGCGUACGAGGCCACAGAUACAGGGGUGGGGACUCGCAGACUCUCAGUAGUCGAAUUCAGUCGAGCCAGCGCCGUGAUCGGAGUUGGAAUAGUGACUGGCGAACAGUGUUCCGAGCAGGCGUAUCCGCUCUCGGUGUUCUAGUCGCUCCUUAAUCACGCGCACACGAAUUAAUUUGAUCGGCUGGCAGGCCCGAGAUCGAAUAUUCGAAUCAGUCGCUUCGUUUUUUAUUCGUCUCUUGUUUAACCGUGGGCUUCAUACGCUUUUAUCGUUCUCCGUCGUGCAUGUUCAUCAAUUUAUACAGUUUGUCGCUAUUCGUUUAACCGUCCCCGCUGUGAUUGACUGUCGCGAAGGCCUUUUUUUCCGGAGCCGCUACAGACACGGCAGUGAAAAUGCGGUAGUGACAGUGGUAUAUCAGAGACAGGGAGAAAAAGAGAAUCCCUGAGUACGUUUGUAGGCGCGAGGACGCCACGAGUUUACUCGAUAAAAAUCGAAGUGAACGAAAUUAGGGGAGAGGCUCCUUGAAGCCAGGGCCAGAAGUUAUGUCGAGUUCGUGUGUUCGAGGACGAGGAAUUUACGCGCAUGUGUCCAGUGGGAUUUAGUGUCGGCGAUAAAGCAUUCUUUCCAGAUCUGGAUACCUUGCUCGCAACACCUACGGGACCUGGAUUAUCUCAUGUCAGGAUGGCGCUGGCGCGACUUGCGGUGAGCGACUGUGCGCCUCAAACGUCGCGGGUCAGCUCAAACUUGCACAGCAGCAGUAGUAUGGCAGUAAGCCGUGUACCAAGCCCUCCACCACCGGAAGUGAACACCCCCGUGGCCGAAAAUUGGUGUUACACGCAGGUGAAGGUGGUUAAGUUCAGCUACAUGUGGACGAUAAAUAACUUCAGCUUUUGCCGGGAGGAAAUGGGAGAAGUACUAAAGUCGUCCACCUUCUCAGCAGGGGCCAACGAUAAAUUAAAAUGGUGCCUAAGAGUGAAUCCUAAGGGUCUGGAUGAGGAGAGCAAAGACUAUCUGUCGCUAUAUCUCCUUCUCGUUUCGUGCAACAAAUCCGAAGUCAGAGCAAAGUUCAAAUUUUCUAUUCUUAAUGCCAAAAGAGAAGAAACCAAAGCAAUGGAGAGCCAACGUGCUUAUAGGUUCGUCCAAGGUAAAGAUUGGGGUUUUAAGAAGUUCAUUAGGAGAGAUUUCUUGUUGGACGAGGCCAAUGGACUCUUGCCCGACGAUAAACUCACGAUAUUCUGUGAGGUCAGCGUAGUGGCAGAUAGCGUGAAUAUUUCCGGACAAAGUAAUACUAUACAAUUCAAAGUUCCAGAAUGUCGAUUACCGGAUGAUUUAGGACUUUUAUUUGAAAACCAAAAAUUCAGCGAUGUCACGUUGACAGUAUGUGGGAGAGAAUUUCAAGCGCACAAAGCUAUUCUCGCAGCACGAAGUCCUGUUUUUUCGGCGAUGUUCGAGCACGAGAUGGAGGAAAGGAAACAAAAUCGCGUGGACAUCACCGACGUAGACCACGAAGUGUUACGAGAAAUGUUACGAUUUAUAUAUACGGGAAAGGCAGCAAAUUUGGAAAAGAUGGCGGACGAUUUACUAGCUGCAGCGGACAAAUACGCAUUAGAAAGGUUGAAAGUUAUGUGCGAGGAAGCGUUAUGCACAAGUUUAGCAAUCGAGAACGCAGCUGACAUUCUAAUUCUUGCUGAUCUUCAUAGUGCUGAUCAACUUAAGGCACAAGCCAUAGAUUUUAUUAACACACAUGCGACAGACGUAAUGGACACAGCAGGUUUCAAAUCAAUGGUGAACUCUCAUCCGCACCUCAUAGCGGAAGCGUUUCGGGCAUUAGCCACUCAACAAAUUCCACCGAUCGGACCGCCCAGGAAGCGGGUGAAACAAAGCUGAAAACAAUCACCGCUGACUCCGGGCACAACCUCCACAUCGCCCCCGCCUAUUUUGCAUCCCUCAUGACUUUUUUGUGUACAGUGAUACAAGUAGUGCUAAAUAAAUGUUUCCUAGUGCGCCAUUCUCUGGUCCACUUAAAAAGGAACUGCGACGAGAACUGUUCUUCAUGGUUUUCGACCUAAAUUUGUAUCGUUCAAACAAGAUACAUUGUGCAGCCGAUUAUUCAAACGGCGAGGCGGGAAACGCAGUUAACUUAUGGCUAUAGACUUUAUUGUAAUUUGGUGAAAUCGUCGAUAAUUAGAAAAAGCCUAUCACAGAAAAGGAACCGAGAAAAAGGGUAUGAUGAAAUGAUAAUCUUUUUCUGAGAAAGAAUAAAUUAUUAAAGCAGCGUUGGUUUCAAUCAGAUUGAACGAAAUUAUUGGUAGUUUGGCAUUGUACGUUACAUUCUCCUGUGUGAGAGGGACAUGUGUUUAUCCAUCGUUACGCAAAUAUCAUGUCAGCGAUUUGUCAAUGCGCAUAAUUAGGGUCUUGUAAUGGAUUUGUUUUCGUUUAUAAUAAUGAGAAUAAGUGAUGAAAACGCGCGAACCAUCUAUGCAUUAUGAAAAAGACAUCAGAAACAGCCAGAGGACCAAGGCGAGAUUGAAACUCGCUGAUACAUUGCUACACACAUAACAAACUCACACGCGAAGAAAGAGAGGUAUACACGUGAUGUACGAAGAAAGUUGUGAUAGACGUCAACCAGACAAUUAAAAGAAAAAGAUUUUGUUCCUUUGUCGAAAAUAACGAAUCAAAUAAGAAGUGUCCCACGCUUGUUCAUCGUGUACACGAGCGACAAGAAUAAAAUUAGAUAUGUUUAUUACUGAUAGUGAUUUUUAGUUUUAAAUGAAAAAAAAAAAAGAAAGAAAAAUGAAAUCGUCGAAUUCUUCCAAGAACGGAGAAAAAAUGAUUCUAGUUAGUGUUUUUUAUGAUCUCUUUCUCUCAACAUGUACGACUACUACGAUUACUAUUAAUGCUACGCAAUCUGUGCCCCGUAUUUUUGUAUAUUUUUUUGUCUGCAAAUACCUACAUCCUAUCCUCCAUGCGGCCUUUUUCUCUAUUUCCCCUUAAUUCCCAUUCCCAUUCCCUUGUCGCUAGGCACAGUUUGUUUUGUUUUCUCGAGUAUUGCAUAGUAGACGAAGUGAUAGAUUCGAAUUAUUAUUAUUAUUAUUAUUAUUGUUAUUUUUAUUAUUAUUAUUAUUUUAUUAUUUUUAUUAUUACUAUUAUUAUUACUAUAUUAUUAUUACUAUAUUAUUAUUAUUAUUAUUAUUAUUACUAUUAUUACUAUUAUUAUUAUUAUUAUUAUUAUUAUAUUGUAUUAAAUUUAGGGUUGUCCAUAAUUUAUCAGAUUUUAUGUUAAUUAUUAUUGAAAUGUCUAUCAUACUCGCAGGAUACAUGUAUUAAUUAAAAAUAUUGCAAGAGUUUCAUUAAAUGAAAAGAAUGAAAUCAAACAGAUAUUGUUAGAAAAAGAGGAAAUAAACAUCAAACAUAAGAAGAAAAUUAAAAACACUGUAUAAUAUAAAAGGUUAGUCAAUUAUAAUAUGAAAAUAUUAAUCGUUUUUGUGUAAUUAAUUAUCAAAAUCGCGAAAUUGUGUGGUCAAUGAUCUGAAUUAUGGGCAACCGACAGAAUACGCAAAACAAUAAUCAUCAUUUAGUACCGUACUGGCUUCCUGAUCCUCCGACCUAGCUUUACCGAAUGUUUUAAAUACAAGAUAUAAAUACUUACCAUUACAAAGGAGUAAUGAUAUCGAAGAUUUAAUGCCAUACAUGUUCUGUGAUAAGACCACUGUAAUUAACCGCAAUUGUAUCACAACCUUUCUAGAACUUUCUGACGAUCCUGGCAGCCAGUGAAUUUAUCUUUUAAGGAAACGGUCGCUAUAUCCGGACAGUCCCAAAUCUAGCGUCCCUUUCGAUUUUAAGGUUUUUACUGUACAUAUCUACUGUAUUUUAUAAGAACUGAACCGAAACGGAACUAUACUUUUAAUGAAGGGUACAAUAAUCAACUAUAAUUUAUUCUAUUUUACAGACUGUGCUAAACUCAUGUUCCUUGAAACACACUAGCAAUGCUUUAAGUAAAUGUAAUGUAAUUAUGACAAAUUAAUACGAUUAGAUUAUAUAUAUGUGUAUCUCGUUUUUGAUCUCGAUAUGUACAUGCAUUUAUACGUAUCAUCUAUCAUGACGUUGUAAUGUAUUUCUGUCGAGAUUAAAAGUAAAAAAAAAAAAAAAAAAACUCCUAUGGAAACAUAGUUAGGGAAGAUUUUCCACCGUUUUUUACACGAUGUUUAUUUCAGUCGUAGUAGGUUGUUAAGGCUUACAAAAUAAAAUGACAACAAUAGAGAAAUGAAAAAAGAGGAAAAAAUAUAAAGAAAAUAUAAAAUAUGUUGUAAGCAGUUUAAGGAACAGAUUUUGGCCAUGUGUGCUCGCUCAGAUUUUAAAGAUGUCAAAAAAAGAAAAGAAAGAAAAAAUUGUCUACGUCCAUUCUAUUAUCCAUGUUCUAUCUUUGGGACUGUGCGGCGAAAAAAGUAUCUCAUGAAACUCGUAAUAUUGAAUGUCUUUUUCCUAAAAACGAAAAACUAAAUAUUUACCGUACAACAGUUCGAGAAAUAUUAGAUGCAAUUCUUUUUGAACCAAUCUGCAUGAGCGUAUGACUGGAUAAUUUGAUAAACUAAGUACAAGUAAGACAAAUGUUACCUCAUCAUGAAAAUCAGCAUGGUCGUGUCGCACUAGCUACUACUGCGCUGCUGUCUGAUACACUUCCAUUGUAUAUUAUUGCAUUUAAACUCGAAAAAAAGAAGCUUUUUGUAACGAAUAGUUCAGCAGUGGUAGCUUUUUGAAGUACAUGACUGCUGUUCAUUGAACCCAGCUCAUAUAAACGUUCAUUUUUCCAUUUACUUUAAGUCAUUGCACCACAUCAAAUAAAUGACAUUUUCAUUAUAUAAUCAUGAGAA